GAAGGAUUCUGAGACCCUCCAGCCACCUCAGCAUCAGCUGCUCUCUGACUGGGUCCUGAUUAAGGUCCGCCCGAGACAGACUUCAUUGGAUCCACACUCGAGAGGACUCUCCCAGGUUUUCCUGAACCUCCUACAUCGCCGUCAAGUGCCAGCGCCUUAAGACUUGGGUACGUGUAUUACAACGGCAAGAGUGCCAGCGCCCACAAAGACCCAUUGGACCUGUCAGCUCCUCUGUGUGACCAAGCAGACAGAAUAGCUUACCAGCAACGCAGAGUAAGCCACGUGCCUCUGCAUGACAUCAGCAGCUGAUUAACACACAAGAGAAAAUACCUAGACUAGCGCCCUAUCUUUCCUUGAAAAGCUGGGAUUUGAAGGAGGUAUUCUGAGAUCUGUGCUCCUAGCAAGUGACUCAUAACGUAAUAGAGCGGAUCGGUCCCUGAGUUCAGAGACUGAGUUGCACUUGAGUGAAAACUAGACAACGAAAUCUUGAAGAAUUGCACGGAGGUGCAAGCCAAAUUUAACCUCCUCCAACUAGGGGUGGUCGGACUGAGAACUUGCUAAAGCAAACCUGUAAUAGGACUGGUUAUUUGGGUGUCUCUCUUUGUCAUUGUUGCCUCUUACUGUUACAUUGCUUUCUGUGUUGUCUCUGUAGGCCAGAUGUUCUCGGAUAAUUCACAUUGCCCCGACUGUGGACAACAGUGGUUCCCUAGUUUAGAACUAGGCCACUGGUUGUACCAAACUGAACUUGUUGCAAAUGAAUGUUACCAAGUAUUCUUAGACCGUAUUAGCAGAGCUGAUUAUUGCCCUGAGUGCUAUCCUGAUAAUUCUGCUAACAGAAGCCUUAUUCUUCCUUGGUCAUUCCCACUGGAGUGGGCUCCCCAAAAUCUGACCAGGUGGACCUUUGAAAAAGCUUGCCACCCAUUUCUUCUGGGUCCUCCACUGGUUAGAAAAAGGAUACAUGACUCUAGAGUAGCUGGCUUUAACCCUGCGUUACAGUUAAUCUUGACCAGAACAGACACAACCUUAAACAAAAAACUUGGCCAAAGCAGUUAACUUCUUAAAUAGUCAAAAUCAUGGCAACUCUAGAGGGUUUUGUACUAGAAGCCCAAGGAAGAUGGAAAAAGGACUCCUUUUAAAUCUGAUCCAGACUGUCACUACUUUGGGGAACUGCUUAAAUUGUUGGAUCUGAUACAAUGGUCUACACCUAUUUUGUCCAGCACGAAUUUAAUCAGUAUUCCAGCCAGACUGUUCGUCUAGAACCAGACUAUUCCAUGUUCCCUGUUUUGGAAUUAGCUUACCCCCCUUUAAAAGCUCUACAGCCUCAUUAUUGACAAAUGAUGAGGCGAGGCCCAUACUGUCUAUAGCAUAAUGAUGUUUCUAGGGAUAAUUUUUGCGGGAAAGCAUCCUCACUGUCGCUUGAUUCUAGGUGAUUCUGGUAAAACAGCUAGACCUCUUAAGAAACUACUUUGUUCUAAAUUCCACCUCAUAUAUUAAUCAGUGAUUAUAUAUCUCUAUAUAUUGCAAUUUAUUCAUAUAUAAUCAUUUAUUUAUCAUUGGCUCUCUUUGGCCUCCGUGUGGCUUUGACAUUAUCGAUAACUGGUCACUGUCAGAGAAAUCACAUUGUGUCAGGCAACACCUACAUAGGUGAAACAAACACAUGCAGAAAUGCCCCUGUCUACACGUCCUGGGCUCUCCAUAAACGAAGACUAUUCUGUCUCUAUGGUGACUGAACUACCCUGGAAAUGCCCUACUCUGGAAAUGGAAAAGUCCCUGUAUUGUGAGAUAGGUGACAAAAGGAGUUACCGAGCUGGACUCCGUAUGUGUGUUACAGAGUCCGAGGGAAGCGUCCCUCUUAACACUAACCAGGGCCUGCUGGACACAGCCACGUGCUGGCCUUCACUUGUUCAGGAGACGCACGGAACCAGAGUUCGGGUUAAGAAACUUAGAAAAUGCUGUUGUUGAAAACAUCUCAGAAGCCACUGAACAAUGUUCAAAUUCCACUUCAGAUGCUAGAUAAUCCUCUGCUUGUGUAGCAGCUCGACAAUGUUCUCGAGGCCACAGGUUCUUGCUGUGUUUCCCCUCUGGGAUCCUGAUCGUAUCAGCUUCUGUCUUCUUAGUUUCGCAAUGCGGCUUGUUGGGCUCCAAACAUUUCAGGCCCCAUCAAAGGCUUCAAAGGGCGCUCUCCUUUGAAGGCUCUGUCUUAUUUGGAGAGAAACUCUUUUUCAAAAUGCCCUCCAGCUUUCUUCUUACAUCUCACUAAAAGGUACUGGUUCGCAAGGGAGGCCGGGAAGCCAGGCAACGGGGAAUGGGGUUGCCUGUAGCUGGGUAGGCACACGACUCCCCUACUAAAAUCAGGACUCUCUAGGAAGGAAGAAGUGAGGAAUGAAUGGCUGUUGUAUACCUGCCCCAUGCUGUGAAACCUAAAGUUGCUUGUUCGUCUGUAUUAAGAAUGUACCCCAGAGAUGUACCCUGUAUCUGCCUUAUGUCUGUCAUGGUGGAAGAUGUCUCCUGUUACUGCGCUGAAUAAACUGUGGACUGCU